GGACACCUCACUCUGAGAAGACACCAACAUUCUGUCCGGGAUUAUAACACUGCUGUGAACGUCAUCAGAUCAGAGCCCAUUAAUUGUGUGCUGGGGCUCCACUGGACUCAGUUGGGCCAGUUGAGUAUGAGGUCCCAUGCCUGCACCGUGACUUUCCUCCUGCCUGUUGCUCUUUACCUCUGUCUGGCCCCUGUGUGUUGGGCUGCUGCGCUCCCUAGCUCCUGUGGCGUCAUCUACAAGAGCUUUGCUCAGUGUCUCCUCACUCUGGGGGACAGUCUGGGUGACACACAGAAAGAGCAGAGCAUACAGGACAUUGACACAGUCUGCAGAUCAUGGGAUGCGUUCCAUGUGUGUGCGAAUGCGGCACUUGCCAGUUGUCCUGGAGACGCAGCGGCUGUGUGGGAGUCUCUGAGGCAAGAGUCCAGGAAGACACAGUUUUCUGGAAACCUCUAUGACAUGUGUGCCAGCCGCACCACACUGGCACCCAACACAGUGCCCGUGCCACCCUCCCAGAGGCCACCAACGUCAGACCAGACCAAUCAAGAAACUCUAAAAGGGUACACGCAUCACCUUGGACCCGCCUACACCACGCUUCUGCUCUCAGCAUGCAUCUCUCUACUGCUCCUGCUCAGGAUGUAGCCCUGGCCUCCCUCAGACUGCUAUAGGUUCUCUGUGAGCCUUGUGUUUAAAUGGACUGAGCAUCAAAUGAACCAACACACACCUGUAAAAAACCCUCACUCCAACACACACACAAGCACACAACCCCUCACUCCAAAAUGCAUACCUCCUCCAACGUGCAUCCACACACAAACACACACACACACACACACACACACACACACACACACACACACACACACACACACACACACACACACAGAAACGCAAGAAAACACUCCCAAGCGUUAUGGACGUAAUUAUUAUGCAUAUCAUGUAAAAUAAAGUUUCUAUGUCAACAUCUCUGUGCAAUUGUCUGUAUACCACCUAUCAUUU